AUGAAGAACAAGAUCUAUCAGACUUUUGACGAGGCAGUGGCCGACGUUCCCGACGGCUCAGUGUUCAUGUCUCCAGGGUUCAGUGGCGUGGGUGUACCUCGCAACUUGCUGGCAGCCCUGCAUCGCCAAGGCGCCAAGGGACUUACCGGUAUAUCCAAUAAUUGCGGGAGCCUUGACGAGAAAGUAGACGUGGGCACGUUGAUCGAGGCCGGCCAGGUCAAGAAGAUGUAUGCUGCCUUCACGUCUCCGACGCAUCCCUCCCAGAUAAGUCCAUUUGUGCGCAUGUACAACGAUGGGGAAAUCGAAGCUGAAACGGUUCCCCAGGGGACCCUGGCCGAGCGCAUUAGGGCUGCCGCUUCCGGCAUUGGCGCCUUUUAUACUCCGGCCAGCGUGGGGACUGAAUUGGCAGAAGGGAAGGAACAUCGAGAGAUUAAUGGCCGCACCUACGUUCUCGAGACUCCUCUCCAUGCCGAUUAUGCUUUGAUCCGGGCAUUUAGGGCAGAUACGUUCGGCAAUUUACAAUUCCGGCUGACCCAGCGAAACUUCAACCCAAUUAUGGCCAUGGCGGCGCGGGUCACCAUUGUUGAAGUGGAGGACGAUAUCGUCCCGGUUGGGGAACUUGACCCCGACAAGGUUCACGUUCCAGGCGUAUACGUAAAUAGGCUGGUCAAGAUUCCGCCUGACGGCAUUUUUGACUAG